CGGAGGAGGCAAGUCAGAGUCGGUAAGGCGUACACGCUGCGUAGAUGUUUCCGUUCCUCCGAUGUGAACGAUCGCAUAGAAACUCGUGCCUUCGAUAAGAAUUCGAAUCGGUCGCCAGCUGAAAGGCUCCGCGGUUAUGAACGCGCCGAUGAUCGACGCCGCGUCACCCGCGUGAACGGUGAACAGUUGCGCGGGUGAGAGCAGAGAACCGCACGGCCGAUAGAUACACACAGUUCGUAGAGGUAGUUGCUCGUUGGAAAUCGCGCGCGCAGAUUUCCGACGGAGCUGUCAGAGCCGCGGACUCGGACCUCGGUGUGCCCACGGUCGAGAACACGGUCGCUCGAUUAGAAUGUCGGCGUUGUUGGCCGCGUCACCGGCAGCGUUGCGACAGUGAGAACGACGACGGGUCCACUAUCAGCCAUCGAGCCGCGGGUGUCGUCGUGGGAAAACAGCUCCGGGCGGAGCGGUGUGUUCAGAGCGGUGUCGAGAAAUUUUAGAGACCACCGAGGAAAAUGGCGGACCUCGAGGCGGUGCUGGCCGACGUCAGCUACCUGAUGGCCAUAGAGAAUAGCAGGGACACCCCGGCUGCUCGUGCCAGCAAGAAGAUCGUCCUGCCAGAUCCCAGUGUCAGAAGCGUAAUGCACAAAUAUCUGGAAAAGAAGAAGGAAGUAACCUUCGAUAAAAUAUUCAAUCAAAUGUUUGGUUACCUUUUAUUCAAAGACUUCUGCGAAAACGUGUCGGAGGAGCCAGUCCCGCAACUUAAGUUUUACGAAGAGAUCAAGGCGUACGAGAAGCUCGAAUGCCCCGAAGAGAGGAAAAAGCUUGCCAAAGAAAUCUAUGACAAUUACAUCAUGAAGGAGCUGCUAUCGCACACGCAUGAAUACUCCAUGGAAGCGGUGUCCACCGUUCAGGAUUACCUCAUAAAAAACGAAGUUCCCGUUAAUUUAUUUGAGCCGUAUAUCGAAGAAAUUUUUAAUCACUUAAGGGGAGAGCCGUUCAAGAAGUUUUUGGAGAGCGAAAAGUACACACGUUUCUGCCAAUGGAAGAAUUUAGAAUUAAAUAUGCAGUUGACGAUGAACGACUUCAGUGUGCAUCGAAUAAUCGGCAGAGGUGGUUUCGGAGAAGUUUAUGGCUGUCGGAAAGCGGACACGGGGAAAAUGUACGCUAUGAAGAGCCUCGACAAGAAACGGAUAAAAAUGAAACAGGGGGAAACGUUGUCCCUCAACGAGAGGAUAAUGCUUUCAGCAGUCAGCACAGGGGUGGAUUGUCCAUUUAUAGUGUGCAUGACGUACGCCUUCCAAACGCCAGACAAACUGUGCUUCAUUUUGGACCUGAUGAACGGCGGCGAUCUUCACUAUCAUAUUGGCCAACAUGGUGUGUUCAACGAGAGGGAGAUGAAGUUUUACGCAACUGAAGUGAUAUUAGGAUUAGAACACAUGCACCGUAGAUACAUCGUGUACCGGGACUUAAAGCCUGCGAACAUUCUUCUAGACAAGCAUGGUCAUGUAAGAAUAUCGGAUUUGGGUUUGGCCUAUGAUUUCUCGAAGAAGAAACCACACGGAAGUGUUGGGACGCACGGGUAUAUGGCGCCAGAAGUACUCUUGAAAGGAGUCACCUACGAUUCCAGUGCAGACUGGUUCUCGUUUGGCUGCAUGUUGUACAAAUUGUUAAAAGGACACAGUCCAUAUAGGCAUCAUAAAAUGAGAGGGAAACACGAGAUAGAUCAUAUGACGCUAACUAUGAAGGUUGAGCUACCAGAAACAUUUUCGAAAGAGCUCCGAUCGCUGCUGGAAGGUUUGCUGGAGCGAGACGUCAACAAGAGGAUCGGUUGCCGCGGCGGAGGAGCGGACGAGUUAAAAGAACAUCCGUUUUUCGCUGGCAUCGACUGGCAACAAGUUUAUCUUCAGAAAUACACGCCGCCACUUAUACCGCCGCGAGGCGAAGUGAACGCCGCCGACGCCUUUGAUAUCGGUUCCUUUGAUGAAGAGGACACGAAGGGUAUCAAAUUAACAGAAGCAGAUCAAGAACUUUACAAAGAUUUUCCUUUAGUAAUCUCUGAAAGAUGGCAGGCCGAAGUUGCCGAGACUGUGUUCGAAACAGUCAACGUCGAAACGGAUAAGAUAGAAAGUAAAAAGAAAUCGAAACAGAAACAGAGGUUUGACACCGAUGAAAAAGGCUCGGAUUGCAUUUUACAAGGUUACAUCAAGAAAUUGGGAGGUCCCUUCGCCAGUGCGUGGCUGACACGCUACGCGAAACUGUACCCCAAUCGAUUAGAAUUGUAUCCUGAAUCCACGGUAAAACCAGAACUCGUUUUUCUUGAUCAGGUAGAAGAAGUUAGCGCGGAUCUUCAACACGUAAAAGGAGAACAGUGUAUCAUCGUCCGUAAAAAGGAUGUAAAAAUAGUGCUCACAAAUCCCGAUGAAAUCAGUUUAAAGGAGUGGGCGGUAUCGUUAAGGUCCGCGCAUAAGUAUUCCAUGGAAAUGUUGGGCAACAUGGCGAAGAAGGCUGGCAAAAUCUACGGGACGAACGGUAACUAGCCCAAUGCUAAUACCUGUGUGCCGUUGUCAUACUCCAGCCCCACUGCCUACCAGCAGCAACAACAACUUUUUUUAUACUGAGAAACAACACGGGAGACCAUUGAUGAAUGUCCAACAAGGGUGAUAUGGCAAUCGGGUUGCGAUUUUCCACAACCGCGAACCGAACAUAAUCUAGGUCUCCGAAACAGCUCCAAAGAAACUCCCUUUGAACGGCGGGUAGCGUCGCGCUGUAUAGAGACUCUAGAAAGUAGUGUCGUACGAAUCGUCACGUCGUUAUAUUUGUACGUUAGUUGUAUGUGCAAUGUGACGUAGGAAUUAGCAAUUGAUCAGUGCCCAUCAGUAUACACACCCACCAAUUCGAAAUUCGCACGAAAAACACCGUGUGCACGCGUAAUCAUACACAGACACUCGUAUACGAACGAACAGACAUACACGUACACACAGCGGACAAUUGAACACGAAGGUGACACGAGAGACCGCAACCAGUAGUAUAUUAUUGUUAUAUCGAUACGAAGUAUGCCCUGGACCCGAUUAUACUUCUCCACCGUUUUAUACCGUUCGUUUACUUAAUUUAUUUACUAAUGCAGGACGAUUUUAUAUUGUGGUUACGUAUUAGUAACAUGCGCGCAAAUUCGUUUAUUUAUUGUGUUGAGAGAAAUGAGAGAGAGGGAGAGAACGUGAGAGCGAGAGAAAGAGCGCGCGCGCGAGAGAAAUAGAGAGAGAAAAGGAGGGAAGAGCUCGAACAGUUUGUACAUUGUCGGUAGCCAACCGAAGAUGGUUAUAAUAAUUGUAUACGCUCGAGUAGGUACUGGCGAGUUCGCUCCGGCAAUAAAAUUGUGCGACGAACGCAGUUCUUGUAUAUAUUUCUUUACUCCACUUGGUCCUGUAUUCGAAAAUCAGAAACCACCUGAUAUUUUAUGAUAAACAAUCGUUCUCCUUGCUGCUUCUGCACGGCAACCAUAGCGAAGCCUCGUUUACGUCUUCGAAACUUUUUAAUGACGGCCAUUGUAGUAUCGCGCUACAUUCUGUAACGGAAAUAUCACUCGAACCGUUUUUUACGACCCACUCGUUAUCACUAUACAGGAUGUCGAGCAUAAAAUAUUACAAACUGUUUUUAACAAGUUCCUCUUAUCAGCUAUUAUUGACAAUAAAAAUUGUUAUCGAUAUAA